AGGCAGGAAGAGCGCUUUCACACCAGCGCGCGAACAGUUGAAUUUUUUUUUAUUUAUUCCCUUUUCCGUGGAUCAGGCGGGAGAUGAUUAUUUACAACUAGCUUCGUCAGAAAGACAAAAAAAUACCUCCGGAUUUCACCUGGCCUUUAAGUGCUAAAGUUUCUUUUGUGUCGUUGCUGGAUUUGCUUUUUGUUUUGGUUUUGGAUGAGUUUUUGCGCCGAAUAGUUCCACUGGACAAAAGAUGAGCCUGCUUGUCUCUGAGCGGCUGGUUGAUCCCCCUGCUGAGGUCCCCAGGGCAGAGAGCGAUUCAGACAGUGGAGUGGGUUCACCCAUGGAGGAGGCUGGGACCGAUGCCACCACCGCUGCCGUUCAGGCUGGAGAAGCUCAAGAUUCAGACGAUGACAUCGUCGUCAGCCGGAAGCCUCGUUCCCGGAAGGUUCUCCAGGACAGCGACAGUGAGAAGGAGGACGUCAUGGACGGAAUGGCUGAUGCUCUGGUGCUGUCAGAAUCCAGCGGUGAGGCGACGAAGGCCAGUGAAGGCGAGCGGCCGAAAAAGAGCCGGGGAAAGAAGAUCUCCCGCGUUGCCGUGGCCAGUGACGAGAGCGAGCCAGAGGAAGAUGAGCAUCAAGGAAAACCUAAGGAAGAGACCAAAAAGAGAGGGAAGUCACAGCGACGCAAAGAGAAGGAGAAGUGCAGAGGUGCUCUAGUGAAGCAACUGAAAGAGAAGACGAGAACCUCUGAAGAGUCCCUUUUAUCCAAGCCUCUCAAUGACAGUGGUUGUCUGCUGGGUGAUAGUGACCUGUUUGAUGCUCAGCUGGAGGAGGACGAGGAAGAGGAGUCCCUGGACGCCAUCAGAGCUGCUGUGAAAAAGAAGGCCAAGAACAAGCCCCAUUUAGUUGACUCUGAAGAGGAUGAACAGCAGGAAGGCAAAUCCCAGCGCAAGGAGAGGAAAGCAGCGAGGGCGAGUAAAGAGGCGAUGAAACAGCUCCACAGUGAUAGCCAGAAGCUUGUUAGAGAAUCUACAAUAGGGCUACCGUACCAUAUGCCAGAGCCCAAAGGCAUAGACCAGUUCUUCAAGAGGAGGGUUCGUCCUGACAGACCUGCUAUGGCAUUACUGAAAUCUGCCAAGUACCAGGCCUGUAUCAUAGAAGCGUCUUCGGCAUCCUCAACUGCACCAGAACAGAACUCGAAUCCACAGGCUGAUCUGAAUGACCCUGAUCCAGUCAGGUGUACCCAACAGGACGGCUCUACAAAUGAACACGAUGCACGAGCUGCCACUGAAGCCACUGAGGACCAAUCCGGAGUUGCAAACGUUGAUCUCCAAAAGCCUGAAAUCAUGGCAGAAGAGCACACUCUUCCUUCUGUGGACGUGUCUGAGAGUGCCGACUCUCCUAAAGAGGACCCUGAGGUGCCGCAGGUUGAGCAGACUAAGUCUGGGACAGGGCAGUCAGAACAGGACGGCGCUGCGCCGGCUGAGCAAGGAGCGGUAGUGCCUAAACCCAAGAAGGAUAAGCUGACCAGAUUGCGUGAGCUGGGUUUGGAGCCUCCUCCGGUAGCAAAGCUGUGUGCGGACGAUGGAGCUUUUGUCCAGCUGGAGCCGCAACUGGUUAACCCUGGUCUAGAGGCUCUGAAGGAACGUUUCCUGAGGCACGUCCAGCCCGCGCCACGGUCUAAAGGAGAGCGAUCGCUUCAGGUAAAUGUGGUGAGAAAGGACAGCACUGCCUCCGGACAGGAGGAGCUGCAUGCGGAGUCCAUCACUGUCACGGUCAAUGAGGAGGAAGAGGAGCCUUCACACACUAAGCCAGGAGAGAAGCUAGUUUUACUGAAGUCUCGUCUGCAGCAGGCGAUGGCUAUCCGCCGGAAGGAAGAACGAGAGCGUCGAGCCGCCCUUCAUCGCCUGGACAAUGAGGACUGUGGUGGUGAGGAGGAGGAGGAGGAGGAGGAAGAGGAUAUGACCGAGUCUGAGGAGGAAGAGGGUGUCGAAGAUUUGUUGGGCGACGGCGAUGAUGGAGAGGAAGCUGAGAGCGAGGAAGAAGAGGCCGAGGAAGCCGAAAGAGGCGACGCAUCCAAACGAAGUGCCUCUAAUGCUUUUAAAAGUCCGUCUCCAACCCCAUACACCGACGGCACUCUGAUGCUGUUUGCAGGCAGCUCGUGCUCCAGAACAGGGGACGGUGUUAGGCAGUCUGGGCCAACCAGUCACGAAAAUGACAACAAAACGGAAGAUGAGGAUGGCCUGUCCUUGACCAAGGACAACAGCCAUAACAGCAGCUUUGAGCUGACGAGCUCCACGCUCCCAUCGUACCAGCCGGUGAGCCGCACCGCAGGCAAAGGUCUUUCAGCAGCAGUGUUCCGCUCGCCAUCACCCUGCUUCUUCAGACCCAGUUUCCUCGGCUCAGCCUCCAAGAGCUCUGGUAAGCUGUCUGAGCCGUCCCUCACCCUCCCUGUGGAGGACUCGCAGGACUUGUAUGGUGUUCCUUCUCCUGAAGGUGGGGACUCUCAGGGCCCCUUCUCACAGGAGGAGGACACACAGUCGCAGCUGUUUGAUUCAGACGGCUUCUUGAACGUGGGGCCCCGCGGCGGCCAGAACCGCUCUCACAAACGCCAGCUGCUUUUAGAUAACCUGGAUGAAAACGCCAUGGAUGCCAACAUGGGUGAAUUGCUGGGGCUCUGCUCGGGUGGCUUUGACGCAGCGGAGCAGAGUCAGCCAGGAGGUGAGGACGAGCUUCUGGGCCUGUGCUCUGGAGCGUUCUCCACUCAGCCUGGCGAAACCGGCAGACCCAAAGAGGAAACCGUCACCAUGGAGACAGAACGCACAGUCGGGGAGAGCCACGGGAGCGCGGACGUGGACCAGCUGCUUUCUCUCUGCUCGGGGAAGUUCACAGGCAGUCCUGCUGCUUCGCCAGUGCGACCAGGCGCAAGCUCCGCCCUCGAAGACGAAUCUGACUGUAAGAGCAAGGUGGAGGAGGAAGGGGAAGAAGAGGAAGACAAUUGUGAGUUUCAGCUCUUGUCGGGUGUAGACAGCGACAGCGAGAAGGAGGAGGAUGAGGAAGACUCCGAUGCUGAAGGAGAGAUGGGUGACGAGGUAGACGAGGAGGAGAGGGAGGCGGUAUUCGGGCGACAUCCAGGCAAAAAGUUACGCAUGACUGACUUUGUGGACUCUGAGGCCGAGCUGUCAGGCAGUGACGUCUGCAGUGAGGAUGAAGAUGACGACGGAGGAGAUGAAUACGAAGAAGAGGAGAUACAGGAGCAGCUCCCAUCAGAUGAGGAACUGAUGGACCAGGUCAACAAAAUCCACAUGAAGCAUGUCCUAGAUGACGAUAAGCGCAAAUUGCGUUUGUAUCAGGAGCGUUACCUAGCUGACGGAGAUCUGCACUCAGACGGACCCGGUCGAGAGCGCCGCUUCCGCUGGAGGAAUAUCGAUGAUGGCUUUGAGUUCGGGCUUGUUGCUGAGGGGGAAGAGGAAGAGGAGGAGGAAGACGUGGAUCAGCAUGAGCUCCAGAGGCGCAAGGAAAGGUUCGAGAGAGAGCAGUGGAUGCGAGAGCAGUCUGAAACAUCGACGAGAGGAGAAGAAGUGGAAGAGGAGGAUAAGAUCGGAGAGGAAGACAGUCAGUUUAUGAAGCUGGCAAAGAAACUAACUGCUAAGGCACUCCAGAAGAAAGAGACCGCUUCAGUGCCCCUGAAAGAGAAGACAGUCUCUAACGCCAACCCUUUUCAGAAGCCCUUUAAACCUGUGGUGAAGAGAGGAUCUCUUCUCAGUCAGCCACGGGCAGUGCUGCAGAAACUCUCCAACAUUUCAGACAGCAACCCUCUAGCGCCGCGUAACUCUCGAGGAUUCCUCUUCCAGACUUUGUCGCCAGAAAAGGAGACCCCUACAUCCGCCCACCCAAAGAAGCAGUUCAGGAAAAGAGCUCAGGCAGACACUAUGGCGCCUGUUGCAAAGCGACCGUGUCGAGAAAACUCUGCGAAAUCCGUCGGACCUCCAAGAAGUAUUUUCAGUUAUUUUGAGAACUGAAGCUUUGUGACGUCUCGGCCCUCCAGCGAGCCAAUUUCUUACACUCUUGUUGACUCUGUUCUCUUAAAUUUGGCGACUUAUUUGAUCUGGCAUGGAGUGUGUGAUCCAACUUGUGCAUUUAUGUGUUCUAAAUGUUUUAUCAUGUAAAUAUUGGGAUUUUGUAAUUCUGUAUUUUUUUUUAUUUGUAAAAUUAUAAAUUAAAAGUUUAUUUUAAAAAUU